AUGGCAUGUAGGUUUGCUGGCGCACGGCGCCUCGUUGCGCCCCACGUUUUUGCCGGUUCUACGCGUCUCUUUCACAGCUCGCGGCUGGUGCGGAACGCUGGCAAGAUCAUCAUUCCUAAGCUGGCGGGUGGGUGGCCAACGCAUGGUGAGGGUGACAUCCCUACAGCAUUUGCCUCACCUUCGCCGUCGUCUGCGGCCUCCGCCUAUCGCAGCGAGUACCGCGAGAAUAAUCGGCUGGGCCCGGACGUGGCCCAGUUUUUGGACGCGGAGGCCGCCGACACGCUGCGACGGCAGCAGCAGCUUGAUCAUUUUCGCACGGCGACGGACGCGGCAGUGAGCAAAGUGUGGCGUGACUCCAAGGGCCACCUGCGACGCCAGGAGAAUCUCGUGCGGGAGUUUGGGGUGGAGGGGGCGGUGCGGGAAAUGCUGCAGCCCACACGAGUGUCUUUUAGGCAGGAGCUUCGCCAGCGCCCCUUGGAUCGCGGCAUCCUCGAGGAGAUCUACAAGGGGCUGCACGGAAGACGCAUCGAGAGGCGGCUGAAGAGAGGGGUCUCCUGGGAGCAUUGGAUCACGAAGGGCGACGGCACCGCCCCCGUCUUUACCGCCUCACGUAAGGCACAGCAAACCUUUGCGUUCGGUGGGACGGUUCGGCUUGCGACCAAGGCGAUACAUGCCAAGCAGUUUCCUAUUCUGCUCACGGCUGGAAGGCGUGCUGACAGCAGCGGCAGUAACAUGGAGUUGGGUGAGACUCAGCGGUGUGUGCCGGAGGUUGCCUUUGUGGGGCGGACCUCUAGCGGCAAGUCCUCUCUGAUCAACGCCGUGCUGAAUGCCUUGAUUGCGCCAUACGGUCACCUGCAGGGCACCACGAGUUCCGUGAACUUUUACAAUGUUGCCAAUAAGGUGGUACUGGUGGACUGUCCUGGCUACGGGUACUACAACCCCAUGGAGACCCCCGCCGUGGACGCCGAGAACGCCAUCGCUGUCAUGCGUGCCUACCUUAAAGCUUGCAGCCGGCACUCCACGACGACGAGGAAAAACGAGCGGACGAAAGAAAAGGGACAUGUAGGUGGUCCUGCCGCCGCUCAAAUACGCCCCAUCAAGCGUGUCUUUGUGUGCGUCUCCUCGCGUGGGGUGCAGCAGGCCGAUACUGCGUACCUGGACUACCUUGAGGGCCUGGGCGUUCCCUUUACCGUUGUGCUCACAAAGACAGAUGCCGCACCCAUUCGCUUUCUUGCACGACUUGCGGACCACACGCGCUGUCAGCUGGUCCACUACAAGCACUGCAAGGAGCUUCUGCUCACGAGUUCGUUACGGCUAGCGGGCAUUGACAAGGUGCAAAACCUGAUCGGCAGCAUGGCCCUUGGCGAAGACAGACUUUAUGGUGCAACGACAGACUUCAGCUCCAUCGUAUGA